CCAGACUACCUCCUUAACAAAACCUAAACACCACCUUACAACGUUGUCUUAACAUGGGAACUCAUUUCAAUGCUCAUGUGAUGCACUGGAUUUUAUUCUUUGGAUUGAAGACAACAAUGUCACCACGGAUGUCGACUACUUCUUGUCCUUCGGCCAUCCUCAGGUGAUGAUUUAUUUUGAGUUUGACCAGUGUGUCAACAACACUCUGGCACUACUAAUCUCCAUUCUCACGACUACCUUCAUCGUUGUCACCACGUCGAUGGCAACGGUGGCACACAUCUUCUACUGGGACACCUCCUACGUCCUGCAUUACCUGAAGGCCAAAUUGAAGGGCUAUCGUUCUUCAGCCUCACAAGACAACGUGUACAAGGUCUUCAUUACCUAUGACACCAAAGACCCCUGGGUCUCAGAAAGGGUGCUGGAGACGCUGAGGGUGAAGCUGGAGGUCGAGGGGGAGAAGGCGUUUCCCUUGUCUCUGGAGGAGCGGGACUGGCCCCUCGGCGUCCCGGCAAUCGACAACCUCACCCAGAGCAUUCGCUACAGCAUUAAGACCCUGUUUGUGCGGACCAAGGCGUACGCUAAGUAAUGCUGGGUCGUCUUUGCAAAAUGGAGAUGACUUUC